GUCAGCAUUGUGUGUCAUAAAAGUUGUCCCGUCCUUUCCAUUAGCCUCCAGCCUUUCUGCUGUGAACAAAAAAAAAUGACACAUUCUGACCUUUCCAACAACCCCAACCUCACCGUCUCGGAAGACUAGCCCGGGAUCGAGAUCUCCGUCUUGAGAGAGAGAGAGAGCGAGAGAGAGAGAGAGAGACCCACGCAGAUAGAGGGAGAACGUAAGAGACGAGAGAAAUUCAAUAAUGGGGUUCUUCACCUACACCAUGACUGGCACUGGAUUCAUUCUGAUUGGCGCUUGGGAGGCCCUCACGUCCUCAAAUUCAAUCCCUAAUCCUAACGAGUAUUCGUUUCCGUCUUCACCUCCCACUUCGAUUCACACACCACCGCAUGCUUCUUCGUCAAGACCCAAAAAGAACCAGUUUUCUUCGUCUAUGACCUUCAUCUCCAUCUCUGUCCUCUCCUUCUUAGUCAUCGUAAACUCUACGGUUUCCUUCUUUGAAGCGCUCAAUUCUAGUGACAAAGUCGGUUCGGUCCUUCAAUUACAAGUCCUCGCCAUGGCGUCGCUCUUUCUGCUGUAUUCGAUUACGGGUUUCUUGGUAAUUUUCACCAAUUCAAUGCCUCUGCCGUGUUCCAUUCUUAGUUUGAUUGGUCUUUUCGCUUUCGUCCAAGAGUUCUUGCUGUUUUACUUACAGAGGAAAGACCCAAGUGGAAUUGAGAACAGGUACUUUGAUCUGUUGCUUGUACCUAUAACUGUUUGUUUAUUCUCCACAGUGAUGGAAUUGAAAUCCCCGAAAUCGAACUACCCGAAAUUGGCUCGUGGGAUUGGAUUAAUUUUACAGGGUUCAUGGUUUGUGCAAAUGGGUCUCUCUUUUUACACCGAUUUGAUAACUAGUGGGUGCACUUUGCACGAAAAGAGUAGAGGGAAUUAUACAAUCAGGUGUAAGGGACACCCUGAGUAUCACCGGGCAAGAGCUAUCGCCACGCUUCAAUUUAAUUGUCACCUAGCUCUUCUUGUAACUUCGAUUGUGGGGGUGUACUCGAUUUUUGUGAGGAAAUAUGGAGUUCGUGGUGAUUUUACGCGGUACAGACCGCUCGGUGCAGAAAUGCGGCGAUUUGGAAAUGCACAAUUUACUUUGGAUUCUGACGAUGAUGUUGGUGAAGAAAUAAAGGAAGAGGACAGCGUGCAAAAGCAGGUGGGUGUUGUGGAAUCGGGUGUAAAUGGUUAUGGCACUCAUUAGUGAGCUAAAUACAGUCGAAGCUUUAGCUGGUGAACGUAUUGUGUCAAUUGGUUGUCAUUUUUUUAAUGUUGUUAGUGCGGUUUCCCUUUUGUGGAGAUGAAUUGAGAUAACGGUUCUACUGGAUUUCAUUUUUGUACAUUUGGUUCUAGUACUCUGUGUACAUUGUGCCCUUCAGUUCCUUGUAAUGAAACUCCAUCUUUCAUUCAUUCUAUCGCUUCAUGUGAUUUCCAUAAGAUUUGGAUAAAUAUAUUCAGAUGUGCUCGAGUCUAUGUGAAGUUCUUUCCGAAUAAA